AUGUCGACCACCUGCGCGCCCUCCCCCCUGCUCUUCCUCCUGGUGGGGGUCGCCCCCCUGCUCGCCGGGGGCACGGCCGAUGCCUUCUUUCGACACACCCUCCACUAUUUCGAGACGGCCAUCUGGGAGCCGGGCUGGCGGCUUCCCCAGUUCACCUCUUUGGCGUAUGUGGAUGACCGGCUGAUUGGCAGCUACGACGGUCACGCUGACCAGUGCGUGCCUCAGUCGCCCUGGAUAGACGACAUCAUCCAUGAUGACUCUGACUUCUGGGCUAAGACCACGGAAUGGGACUUUGCCUCAAGCCUUGUCAUGGAUCUGAUGAUUCUGAAGAAUGCUCACAACCAGAGUAGGGGGAUCCACACCCUACAGGUGCUCUCUGGCUGCGAACUGAAUGAGGACAACGGAGCCACCAGAAGGUUUGCGAAGUACGGCUACAACGGGAGGGACUUCCUCAGCUGGGACCAGGAGACGCUCACCUGGACGGCAAUGGAUGCAGAGGCUGAGCCAACCAAGAGGAAGUGGGAAGCCCAGCGGCACCGUGGGAAACUCUGGAAGCAAUUCCUGACCAACACCUGCGUGGAGUGGCUGCGCUACGGGAAGGAGACCCUGCUGGAAGCUGAGCCACCAAUGGUUCGCAUAACCCACAAGGCAGGAUCGGAGGGCCUGGAGACUCUCGUCUGCCGACUCCACGGCUUCUACCCCAAAGAGAUCGAUGUGACAUGGAGAAAGGGCAGGGAAGUUUGGCACCAGGACAUCCUGACGGGGGGUGUCGUCCCCAACUCAGAUGGGACUUACCACACCUGGAUAAGCAUUGAUGUUGACCCCAAAGAGAGGGGCCACUACCGGUGCCACGUGGAACAUGAUGGCCUUCCAGAGCCCCUGGACUUGGCCUGGGAGGAGCCAGCAUCCGAAGUGGGGCUCAUCGUGAGAGUCCUGCUAGGGGUCAUGGCUGCUCUCAUCCUGGUGGGGGCCGGGCUCACCUUCCACAUCAGAUUUGGGAAAGGAACUGAUUUUGCCAGUUUUGAAGAUGUCAGACAAGACAACCUAAAGUACCAAGUUUCACAGAGGAAAGCAAGCAAUAAUGCACCCUUUUUGGUUAACUAUGUUCUCAACCUUUCUGAACCAACACCAGGUCCUUUGAAGAACCUCAACAGAACCAGCUAUAAGAAAGUUUCACCCUUUUAUGGAUUCUCUGAGGAACAUGAAAGUCAGAUUUGUGCCUCAGGCUCUUCCCACACACUGAGCACUGAUGAGGUUCUUCCCUGGGAUGGAUUCUUCGAUUCUAAAAGAGAAAUCAGCAGAUUUUCUAGCCUGGAGAGUCCAUUGCCCGUCAUUGUUUUCUCCUCUGUGGGAUCUUUUUGA